UACCUAAUGCAGCGAUUUCCGGGUACUGUUGUAACGUCGUGAGAGGACAUUGAAAUGGAAAUUAAACUUGUGGUCUGAAUUUGAGCUUUUUUGUAUUCAUUUGGUAGCAGCUGGAGAAGUUGGAUCAAGUGAUUAAUCUUUAAUCUUGAAAAGUUAUUGUGAAUAUAAAGGGUUUGAGCGUUAAAACAGAAUGGCUGGAUUUUGCAGGACACUUCAAAGAUAUUCACUCGGAUUAAAGAAUUUGACAACAGUAGUGCCAUUGCCAUGGACUGGACUGUUUCGAUGGAAGUUCACCAAAGCAAGAAUUCCAGCCAUGCUCUAUGAAGAAAGAUCUAAAGAUCAUGAAAGGUAUGGUGGCGAUCCAGAACAGCCUCACAAGCUGCACCUCAUCACUAGAAUAAAAAGUGCAAGACGUCGUCCAUACUGGGAAAAGAAGGUUGUGCAUGAUCUCGGAUUAGACAAGGCUCAUCAACCUUGUGUACACAAAAACAUCCCGGCUGUGAAUGAAAAGUUAAAAGUUAUAAAGCAUCUGAUAAGAAUACAACCUCUGAAGUUACCACAUGGACUUCCAACAGAGGAGGAACUGUCAGAAACGUAUUUGAAGAGUACUGGGGAACUGGUUGUAAGACGUCGCCUUCAACCAUUGGAACAAAAGGCCAUCGAGUCAUAGUGCCUUUGAGAUCCUGUAGAUUUUGUCAAAUAAAAUAAUUUGUAACUGUG